UGCCUUUGAUUCCGAUAACACCCCCCUCUGUGACUCUGCUCAGUCUUGCACGCGCGCUCUUCUCUCUCUCUCUCUUUUCCUCCCCUCCCCCGAGCUCCAUUUCUUCCCUCCUUCCCCCCCUCCUCCAUUCUUUUUCUCCUUCAUAUAUAUUCCUCUCCCCAGAUCGUCUUCUCCAGACUUUUCCUCUUUCCCUUCUCCCCCUUUUACUUCGUGCCUCUUUUGCUCGACUCCGUCUAUCUCGACUCGCUAUAGCUACCUGACUGGGUUCGUUUUCCGAUUCCGGGUUCCCAUCGCUACCACACCAUCUGCCACAUUCCAUAUCCCUUAAGGAUUCUUUCUUAAAAUCACUUGCUGCAACCCUUCCUCCAACCGGUAGAAUCUAUCUCGUCUAUACUACUCCUCCACUGGACGAUUUCAGAGCUUGCCUGUGAUACCCUCGCGAUACCUCGACCGCCAAGGCUAUCUCCUUCUGGGGUGAUAUCGGGUGUCGAUCACAUAUCCGAUUUAGCUCAUCCCCCCCUGCUGUUGCGACAGAUCUGCUUUCGCCUCGGUUCUAUUUUGCCGAGCGUGUUUCUGCUUAAAAGGCCCGCCCUGUCUCACAGCUCUCUUUUCCUCCGCAAUCUUGACUAGGAAGAGCUUCACAUGCCGCCACCGCCCUCUCCAGUGGAUUUUUCUAAUCUACUGAACCCUCAGAAUACCAUCGCCCACUCCAACCCUACCACCCCUGUGGCUAGCCCCAAAGGCCCUUCCACUCCCUCCAGUGCCCAGUCUAACGCAUCAAUGGCUUCGUCUGUCGGCCUUCUACCUCCCCUUAUGAAGGGUGCUCGUCCGGCCACCGAGGAGGUCCGCCAGGAUCUGCCUCGCCCUUACAAGUGCCCCCUCUGUGACCGUGCUUUCCACCGUCUGGAGCAUCAGACCAGACACAUCCGCACGCAUACGGGGGAAAAGCCGCACGCGUGCCAGUUCCCCGGUUGCACGAAGCGCUUCAGUCGCUCCGACGAACUGACCCGCCACUCGAGGAUUCACAACAACCCCAACUCGCGGAGGAGUAACAAGGCUCAGCAUCUGGCGGCGGCGGCGGCAGCGGCGGCGGCGGGUCAGGACACUGCGAUGGCUAAUGCAGGCUCGAUGAUGCCGCCUCCGACCAAGCCCAUCACCCGAUCCGCCCCCGUGUCGCAGGUCGGCUCGCCGGAUGUCUCCCCGCCUCAUUCGUACUCCAACUUUGCAGGCCACAUGCGGUCGAACCUGGGCCCGUACCCUCGCAGUAACGACCGGGCUUCGUCGGGCAUGGAUAUCAACCUCCUGGCUACUGCUGCGUCUCAGGUCGAGCGUGACGAGCACUUCGGGUUCCAGGCCGGGCCCCGCGGCCCCCCGCUGUUCGGCUCUCGCCACCAGAGCAACGGCCGUCUGCCGUCGCUGUCCGCCUAUGCUAUCUCGCACAGCAUGAGCCGCUCGCACUCGCAUGAGGACGAGGACCCGUACGCGUCGCACCGCAUCAAACGCUCGAGGCCCAACUCUCCCAACUCGACCGCUCCCUCCUCCCCCACCUUCUCCCACGACUCCCUCUCGCCGACUCCGGACCACACUCCGUUGGCCACUCCGGCUCACUCGCCACGGUUAAGGCCGCAAGGGGCCACCGACCUGCACCUGCCGUCGAUCCGUCACCUGUCGCUGCACCAUACUCCUGCUCUGGCUCCGAUGGAACCUCAGCCGGAGGGUCCCAACUACUACAGCCCGAAUCAAGGCCACGUUGGUCCCACGAUCAGCGACAUCAUGUCUCGGUCCGACGGCACGCAACGCAAGCUGCCGGUGCCUCAGGUUCCCAAAGUGGCCGUUCAGGACAUGCUGAACCCGGUCAAUGGUUUUACGACGGUCUCUUCGUCGACCAACAACUCGGUUGCGGGUGGUGAUCUGGCGGAGCGGUUCUGAUCAGCCCGCGUCUCCGUACCCAUCUAAGAUCAACUUCGAUUUCACGCGCGCCACGAAACGAAUAGACCAUGUGCAUUUACAGUGUUGUUUUUUUUUUUAUUCUCUUCGCUUCUUCCCCCCUUUUCUUUACUUCUGUGGGCAUCCUUGGUGUCAGGAUUUGAUUCGAUUUAUUUUUUAACUUCAUGUUUGAUUGCUGGAAUACAUUUUGCGAGGCGUCUCCGAAUAUAGACGGAUGGACUUUUUUCCUUUUCUCUUUGGCUACACUCUCCCUUCUUCCACUUUUCCUCCACUUUUCCCCUCUGUGACCAGUUCAGCUCUUCAGCCCCUUCGAUAUGUUUACCAAAAAGCACUGGCUACGGCCAUUAAUUUCAUAUCCCCCCCAUUUGUCACCUACUAUUUUCUUUGGCCUGAAUUAUUAUUAUACAAAUAGACCCUCUAGCAGGAUACGGAUACGGAUACGGAUAACGGAAUACAAGAAAAGUUGAUUAUCA